ACAGGACCGCCAAAGGCAGACAAAAACCAAAAUACUACCUAAUUAGAAGGCGCAAACCAGCCGCCUGAAAGGGGAAAAGACCAUUCACGCCCAGGAAGAAGGAAGGCCCGCGCGCAUGCGCGUCUGCUUGUCCUGUGUUUAUACAGCCUGAUCACCGCAUUCUCACUCCCCGUUCUCACUCUGACGCGAAGCCGUCGAGACUUGGACCCCACACUCCAGCAUGAGCGAGGAAGCCAAGACUCCCGCCGUCACCAAAGGAAACGCGGUGGAUGGCGGGUCGGAAGACGAGACAGUAGCUGCCGUCGAGGAUGGGGUUGUCGUCAACCACUCGGGCUACAGAGAUCAGCUGAAGCGCCAGUACAGCCUUCUGGGGCUUGCCGGCAUCGCCCUGACGGUCGACAAUGCUUGGGUCGCUUUGGGUUCCUCCAUCUCCGUCUCUAUCCUCAAUGGAGGCCCGCCCGGUCUUAUCUUCGGGCUCAUCGUCGCUGUCUUUUACUAUUCCUUUAUCGGGUUGAGCCUCGCCGAGUUGGCAUCUUCGGUCCCCACAGCUGGCGGUGUCUACCACUGGGCCACGGUUGCUGGCGGUCCACGAUAUGGCCGCAUCCUCGGCUUCUUCACCGGGUGGAUCAACUUCUACGGCUGGAUGUUUGAUCUGGCCGCCCUCGUUCAGAUCUGCGCCAAUAUCUCGGUCAGCAUGUAUACCGUCUACCACCAGGACACGUACGUGCCCGAGGCUUGGCACGUCUACGUGGCCUACCUCCUGAUCCUGUGGUUCAGUGUGGCCUUGGUCAUAUUCGCCAACAGGAUCAUACCGCACACCCAGAACCUGGGCAUGUUCUUCGUCAUCGUCGGCGGCGUCGUCACCAUCAUUGUCAUUGCCGCCAUGCCCAAGCAGCACGCGUCCAACUACUUCGUCUGGGGCUCCUUUGACGAGAACAACCUGACGGGCUGGCAAGGCGGUGUUGCCUUUCUGCUGGGUGUCCUGAACGGCGCCUUCACCGUGGGCACCCCAGACGCUAUCACCCAUAUGGCAGAGGAAUUGCCUCACCCCAAGAGGGAUUUACCUAUUGCUAUUGGCCUCCAGAUUGGUCUGGGAUUCUUUUACGCAUUCACUUUCGCCAUUGCCCUCUCGUAUGCCAUCACCGAUAUCGGCGCCCUUACCAGCGGCGGCUUCAACGGGUAUCCCUUGGCGAACAUCUAUGCUCAAGCCACGGCCAAUGCAGAUGGAAACCAGAACCUCGGGGCGACGUUCGGCCUCUUGUUCAUCAUUUGGUGGUCGACCAUACUCUGCGUCAUCGGCACUGUUCUCACAAACUCGCGCAUCUACUGGGCGCUGGCACGCGACAAUGCCGUACCGCUGUCGUUUCUGAUGAGCAAGGUCAACGAGAAACUGAGCUGCCCCGUUCCGGCUACUCUGUUUGUUGCCCUCGUCGCCACGGGCCUUGGUGCCAUCCCGCUGGGAAGCCCGACCGCUUUCGUCAACCUGACGGGCUCUUUCAUCAUCCUCACCACAGUGUCGUACGCCAUCCCGUUCGCCGCCAAUGUCCUUACUGGCCGCAAGUACUUCCCGAAAGGGCCGUUUCACCUGGGCAAGUUUGGCACGCCCGUCAAUAUUCUGGCCGUUCUCUUCAUCACGCUGUUUGAUAUAUUUUACUGCUUCCCCUAUGUCUUCCCCACCACCGUGGAGACUAUGAACUACAACAGCGUGAUCCUCGCCGGCGUCAUCGCCAUCACGGCUUUCUGGUGGGUCGUCCACGCCAUAACCGCCUAUCCCGGACCAAAGGUCAUGCGUCUCUACAUCCAUACCGACGGUGUCGCCGUGGGGGAAUCCGCGAUACCGGCGACGCUAGAGGAUGAGAAGAAGACUGCCUGAGUAUGCUGCGGUCACUUUUAAAGUGCAGCUCUCUUUGGCCUGGGAUGGCGGUUCGCCUCUGAGCGAGAGACGACGGAUAUAUUGCAGAAAUACAUGGUUUAUGUGAUAUAGCGGCAUUGAUUCAAGAGUCGAAUGGCUCAUCGGGCAAGUAACAGCAGGAAAUGGAAUGGAUGCGAGCCAAUAGGACAUUACCGGAAUGUUAGUGUCUCUCUCACUAUCUCGUCGCCACGAGCAUGCAAUAUGCUCUCCCUGAAGCAAUGCUACUUGUCAUUAUACACAAUUCAUAUGCCUUUCUUCUAUCUGUGGGAUGCAUAACAUGCGAUAACC